AAAGUUUAGGCUGCCAUUCCAUUGACGCCUCGCCCCUGAUGAAGGCCCCGUUUCCCCACCGCAAACGCAGCUUCCCCUCCUACCUUUUCACCAUCUCCUUCGUCAUCUUUGUCAUCUUCCUCUACGGCGAGGACUUCACAUGCAUCCUGAGCUCUCCGUUCCUGGGUUCCCAGCACGCGGAGGUUCAUCCGAGGCCGCGGCAGCAACAGCUACGGCAGAAGCAAGGUCUGCUAAGAGAGAAGGAUGAGGCGGUGGCGUUCGCGGUGGGGAAGACGGCGGAGGGGUGCGACGUCUUCGAGGGGGAGUGGGUGUACGACGAGGUGUCGAGGCCCCAGUACGCCGAGGAGGAGUGCCCCUACAUCCAGCCCCAGCUCACGUGCCAGGCUCACGGCCGGCCCGACGCCGGCUACCAGCACUGGAGGUGGCAGCCGCACGGCUGCAUUCUCCCCAGCUUUAAUGCCACGCUGACACUGGAAAUGCUCCGAGGCAAGCGGAUGCUGUUCGUCGGCGAUUCCUUGAACCGCGGCCAGUUCGUGUCGAUGGUGUGCCUGCUGCACCGAGUCAUCCCAGAGAACGCCAAGUCCAUGGAAACGUUCGAUUCCCUCACCGUCUUCACCGCUAAGGACUACAAUGCAACUAUCGAAUUCUACUGGGCUCCGUUUUUGGUGGAAUCCAAUUCGGACAAUGCCGUCGUUCACAGAAUCACUGAGAGGAUCGUUCGAGCAGGGUCCAUCAUGAAGCAUGCUCGGUACUGGAAGGGAGCUGACAUCGUCGUCUUCAACACCUAUCUUUGGUGGAUGACGGGCCAAAAGAUGAAGAUUCUGCGAGGGUCCUUCGACGCUGACCCCAAGAACAUCACUGAGAUGGUGACAGAGGACGCAUACAGACUGGCGUUAGGGAGAAUGAUGAAAUGGGUCGAGAAGCACAUGGAUCCUCACACAGCCAGAGUGUUCUUCGCCACCAUGUCACCUUCUCAUGAAAGUAGCAAGGAGUGGGGAGGUGACCCUGAUGGGAACUGCUACAACGAGACGACACCGAUCAAGGAUCCGACAUACUGGGGAAGCACCAGCAAGAGCAUGAUGCAGGUCAUUGGAGACGUGUUCGGAGCCACUAAAGUGCCAAUUACGCUGCUGAACAUUACCCAGCUGUCGGAGUACCGCAAAGAUGCUCACACACAGAUCUACAAGAAGCAGUGGAGCCCGUUGACGCCGGAGCAGCUAGCGAACCCCAGAAGCUACGCAGAUUGUAACCACUGGUGCUUGCCUGGCCUUCAGGACACUUGGAACGAGCUAUUGUACGCCAAGCUCUUCUUCCCAUAGCAGAGAAAAGCUGGGGAAGGCCCCAGCUAAAAAAGCAUGAAGCAUCACCUGUGUGGUACAGAAAUUUAUUGUCGUUCGUACGCCUUUUCCUUGGCUUUUCAUUCCAAACUACUACAGAUUAGGCCACAGAGAAAUGCUUUACCUAGAAACA